AUGGAGCUCCUGCACUUGCUGACGAACAUUGUGCGCAAGGAAACAUCACUGUCGGAAAUGGAUUUUUAUUCGAGACCUUCUGAACAUCCCACUUUACGCCAGAGUUCAUAUGUGGCCAACAAGCAGUACAACAAGCAGUCCUAUCGUUCGAAGUUAACUAUCACGAAGAAUUCGCAAACAUGUGCCUUUUGCGGUUCGAACAACCAUUCCGCUUUGAACUGCUCCGUCUUCACAACGCCAAGACAACGAUCUGAAGAAGCGCGGAAACGACGGCUCUGUUAUAACUGUCUCUCGCCUCGACACAAUACAAGAGACUGUAAGUCGAGAUUUCGCUGCAAGAUGUGUUCUAGGAAACAUCAUACUUCACUCUGCACAGCUCCAAAGCCGAAAAUACCAUCUCCAACAAAGAGCUCUUCGCUUCAGGACUCCAAGCAGCAGGAAAAACAGGAAUGCCCUUAUCAAAAAUUCAAUCCUCGACUAGAUGUUUACCGUGGCCGACAAGAACCUCCUCAGAGCUUCCAGUCUUCAUCGAGACUUCGCAACCACGCCGUACACUUCGAUGUUGCACAUUGCGUGAGCGAUGAGCAACUAUCCUCUUCAGAAGCUGAAUCAAAGCCGCUACCGACUCCCUCUAAAGACGCUCCAAAUGACAUCACUUUCAUGUCAAACGAGACGUCAGAUCAGCCAGUUCCACUAAUGUGUGCUGAAGUCAAACUUUUCAAUCCGAAUGACCCCUCACACUACACUACCGUAUCAGCCUUUCUUGACUGCGGCUCCACUGUAUCCUACAUAACGAAUGAACUUGCAGAGCACCUCGACCUACCCACCGUUGCAACAGAGAUACUAAGUGUUUCGACAUUCGGCGGCCCGGAACCCCUAAUGAUGGAGUGUGCAGUCUACAAAGUGGGAAUCGAAACCGAAAACGGUGCCAAAUGCCUGACGGUAAAGUCUGCUCCAUUUUUGGCUGAUGACAUAACGCAAAUCAUUCCUGGCGGCAACCUAUCUGUGACCUCUUGUAAACCAUCUAUAUUGAUUGGAAAUGACUACUUCUGGGACAUUGUGCUGUCGCAUAAUUUCUACUACAAGAACUUAUCCGAAGGACAUCGCCUUCUUCACACUACAAUUGGCGAUAUCAUCCUGAAAAAAGCACUUGAUACGAGAUGCAAUGACUACAGCUUUGCUUCAGUGGAAAGUGGUGACUCUGCCAAUCCAGCAAACCACAAUGACCUUUGUGAGUUGGUAAGCCGCUUCUGGAAGCUGGAGACAAUAGGCAUCGUGGAUAAUCCGAAUCAAAAAGAAGACGCAGAAUGCCUCGAAUAUUUCAACAAUACCAUCUACUACGAUUAUGAUGAAAAAAGAUACAUCGUCUCGCUACCCUUCAAGGAGGAUCCAACAAAAGUACCUGAUAACUAUUCUCUAGCGUAUUCUCGUCUCCGUAGCCAGCUGAAACAGUUACAACAAAACCCAUUAUAUCUAAAGAGAUAUCACGCGGUGAUUCAAGACCAGCUGCAAAGGAAUAUCAUCGAAUGUGUACCAUUGGAGGAAAUCCACAAACCAUGCCACUAUCUAUCUCACCACGGAGUUAUAAAGAAGGACGACAAAGACUUGAAAAUACGCUGUGUGUAUGAUGGUUCUGCAAAGAUGAAAAGCAGUAUGAGCCUCAAUGAAGCACUACACAGAGGACCUGUUCUCCUUCCAGACCUCGUUGGAAUCCUAAUCCGCAGCAGGUUGUGCAAGAUUCUUGUUUCCAGCGAUAUAGAAAAGGCAUUCCUUAUGGUUGGUCUUAACCAUAAUUGUCGAGACUACACCAGAUUUCUAUGGGUGGACGAUCCUACAGGACCACUCUGCACUCAAAAUCUGAUUACGUACCGCUUCACUCGCGUACCUUUUGGAUUAGUAAGCUCUCCAUUUUUGCUAGCCGGUACCAUUCAUUUCCAUCUCUCUUCCAUGGCAACCGAAUUAUCACGUCAUCUCAUCAGAAACACCUACGUCGAUAAUGUAUUCUAUGCCGCCAAAAAUGUCGAAGAUGGAAAGUCCUUUUACAACAAAGCAAAGGAACUCUUCAAGAAGGCUGGUAUGAAUUUAAGAGCUUUUGCUAGCAACUCAGAGAAACUGAAUCAGUACAUCUCGAUGAGAGAAAUAGAAGCCAUGCACAAUGUGCAGAAAGUUCUAGGCUUAAAAUGGGAUAUCACUACUGACGAUCUCAUUAUACCACUUCCGGAAAGACCCUCCAACAAAGAGCUUUGGACUAAAAGAAAAGUUCUGAAACAUAUUGCCAGUAUCUACGAUCCCCUCGGCUUGUUAUCUCCCGCAACUCUACCUGGCAAAGCCUUUCUACAAUCUCUAUGGAAAGACAAACUACUAUGGGACGAAACACUACCUGCAGCAAAGGAAGAGCGUUGGGAAGAAAUUCUUUCAUCAUGGACAGUCCCGGGAAUAUCAACGCCCAGACUUAUAGUAGAAUGUGAAGAAAGGAUUUGUUAUGAGUAUGAUCUCCACGUUUUCGCCGAUGCCUCAUCCGUUGCCUAUUGUGUCACAGCUUAUCUUGUGCAGAGAAAAGAGAACACACCAAUCAGAUCCUCUCUGAUAAUGUCGAAGAGCCGCUUAGCACCACUCGGUCACUCUAUGACUAUUCCCCGUCUGGAAAUCGCAGCCCUAAUGAUGGGAUCUAAACUACUCACUUACGUUGCGAAAGAACUUGAUACAAAAAUCUCGAGAAAGUUCUUAUGGACGGACAGCCUUGUAGCGCUGUAUUGGACCAAGAACAACAAAAAUCUACCGAUUUUCGUCAGGAAUCGAGUCAACAUAAUAUUAGAGAACACAUCCGAUGCACACAUACUACAUGUGCCCAGUGAAUUGAACCCGGCAGACUUGGGAACCAGAGGAUGCCUACUUGAGGAG